UAAUUUGAAAUCACCAGGGAAAAAGGAAAUACAUGUAAAACUAUUUAUCUGGGAUCUAAUCAAGUUGUUGGAGAGCUAAACUUUUUUUAAUUCGUCAAAAAUUAUGUUUUUGACAAUAAUAUUUAUCUUUAAAUUUUUGAAUAUGAUCUUAAAUUUUCCGCCACCACGACAAACGGACAAGAACCUACUCUUUUAAAACACUGCAAGCAUGUCUGCAUCAAGUGAAGUCCACAGUAAGCAUUAAUGUCAGCACAUGAAGCAUAAUACAGACAUGUUAGCCCCUUUCAGUAUCAAGAUGUCUUCGACUAGAAACAGUAGGUACAGAAAAAUCAGAAGUUUACAGUCGUCGCCCCUUACUUGGUGAAAAAUUGGUAUCGUCCAAUGAGUUGAGCGGCGUUACUCGCGGAAGUCGCCCGGUGUUUGUAUCACUUCCGUCUUUUGCUCCAACGGGUUCACAGAAAUGACGGCGACUCUGCGCCCAUACCUGAAUGCGGUGCGUGCUACACUGCAGGCAGCUCUCUGUCUGGAAAACUUCUCCUCACAGGUGGUUGAAAGACACAACAAACCUGAGGUUGAAGUCCGGAGCAGUAAGGAGCUGUUGCUUCAGCCUGUUGUAAUCAGUAGGAAUGAUAAAGAGAAGGUCUUAAUAGAAGGUUCCAUCAACUCUGUGCGAGUCAGCAUUGCUGUCAAACAGGCUGAUGAGAUUGAAAAGAUCCUGUGUCACAAGUUCAUGCGCUUCAUGAUGAUGAGAGCUGAGAACUUCUUUAUCCUGCGAAGAAAACCUGUCGAGGGAUAUGACAUCAGUUUCCUCAUUACUAACUUCCACACAGAACAAAUGUACAAGCAUAAGUUAGUGGACUUUGUCAUCCAUUUCAUGGAGGAGAUCGAUAAGGAAAUCAGUGAGAUGAAACUGUCAGUCAACGCCAGGGCUCGCAUAGUUGCAGAGGAGUUCCUCAAAAAUUUUUAGGAAAUUAUCAGUACACCUUCUACUGCCUGCAAUACCUGUGACACAUUGGAUGCCGGAAAAACUGAUGGAGAGCUGCGGUGCUACUGAGGAAGUAGUUAAGGUGCAAUUUGUUUCCUGGACCACCAGCAAAGGUGGAACAGCUGGAUCCAGAGGUUGUCGUCUGUCACAGGAAUGAAUUCAGAGUAUUGCAGUACUCAAGAGCAAAGUGAUGGCUUUCACAGAAUGCCUCUGCAAUUCCAUUUGUGUAUCCUGUCUCUGUUCAUCUUAUCCCAAAUCCCUUUGUUAACAUUUAGUAGUAGUGAAGCGCUCACAACAUUGCAAUAUUCCGAAUAUGCCUCUGCUUUCCCUCGUGCUCAUGAAUAUUAAUGAGUAGGUACUGUACAUAUUAAAAAGGAUAGACUCAUUUUACCUCUGCCUUUCUAAUAAACCUUAAAAUCAGGGUGGGUCUAUAUAAAUGAAACCUCAUUGAUGCUCAUGAGCACUAAGGAAAAAUGCUCAAUGUCAGAUCAUUUAAACGGUUUGUUUUGUCAGUGUUUUUUAUAAAUAUGUAUACUGUUCAAAUUUUUCAAGUUAAGUUUUGAUAUAAAAAAAAACCCUCACACUGGUACACAUUUUACAAAUCAUAUCAGUCAUGGCAAAAUAAUGAUGAUGCUAAAUAAAUCCCUUUAUUGCUUGUA